AUGCCAAGUGAAUCGACGCCCCUCGUGGGCAAGGAAGAAGAUCUCGAGAUGUUUCGCCGUUUGAAGGCUUACCAACCAUGGGCCUUCUUUGUUACCUUUGGAGGCUACUUGAUGGCCCACUUUUCCCGAAAGUCUUAUUCCACCAUCAAGACUAAGCUGAAGGACCCUGAUAUUGGUGGAUUUGACCCUAUUGUCAUGGCCACCAUGGACACUGUCUUCAUGGGAACUUAUGCUGCUGGAAACAUUAUCAACGGAAAGCUCGGUGAUACCUUCAACCCCACUACCAUUCUAUCGAUCGGACUUUUCGGAAGUGGAGCCUGUCUGUUGCUCUUGAACAUUGCCAUUUGGUUCAACUUGGUGCAAGUCAGUCCCGGGUUCGGAAACCUAUUCAUCGUUGCAGUCUACUUCGUUUUUGGUUUCUUCCAAGCCACCGGAGGACCCGUGGGUACUGCCGUCAUGGGAAACUGGUUUUGUGAUCCUGACUCUAUCAAAAAGCGAGGAACCAUUUUUGGAUUCUGGACUUGCCAUCAGUAUGUCGGCGAUAUCACUGCCCAAGUCUUUUCUCCAUUGAUUUUCAUCCUAGGACUUCCCUACUGGUGGGUUCUUUUUGUCCCUGCCCUCUGUAACGUUGCAUGGGGUUUCUUGACCUUGGGACUUGUUGCUGAUCCUUACGAAAGUGGCAUUGUCACCCCCGAAGUUAAGGAUCGCAUGGCCAAGUUGGAAAUCAAGAAAAAGGCGGCUCUCGAAUCUGGUGAGACCGUCGACGAGUCUGGACCACCUCCCAUUUCCUACCUCGAUGCUUUCAAGAUUCCUAUGGUUGCUCAAUACGCCUUGGCUUUUGGAUUCUUCAAGUUGGUCAACUAUACCAUGUUUUUCAACCUUCCUCAAAUCUUGGAAGAGAACUUUACCUCUUCCACUGCCAAUCUUAUCGCCGCUUUGUACUCGGUCGGCAUGAUGCCCGGAGGCAUCAUUGUCGGAUACGUUUCCGAUCUCUUUGGUGGACGCCGGGCAGCUGUCAUUGGAGUCUUCAUGUGCUCCUUGAUUGUUGUCAUGGCUAUCUACGCCAACUUGGAAGAUCCUAGCCCAUUUGUCAUUCUGCCACUCCUUGGAUUGAUGGGAAUCCUUGUUGGAGGACCCAACAAUAUUAUUACUUCUGCUGUCGCCGCCGAUUUGGCAUCCCACCCUUCGGUCAAGGGAUCCACCAAGUCUCUCGGAACUGUCACCGGACUCAUCAAUGGAUGUGGUUCCAUCACUGCCUCGAUUGGUUUGCUGGCCAUUGAACCCUUGAAGGCUGUUGACAUUUUCUAUGUCUGGAUGUACCUGAUUGGAUGCACUGCCUUUGGAACACUCUUGAUGUCCACCAAGAUUUACGCUGAACUCUACCCACCACCCACAACUUCUGUGGACGUCUGA